AUGGAAAAGUUGGUUUGGAUAUAUUUAAUAAUAGCAGCCGCUGUAAGUGUUCAGGGAUACACGAAAUUUGGUCGUGACUGCCGAGAUAUUGGAUGCGCUCCCGGUCAGCGGUGCACUUUAGCCAGAGAGCCCUGUAUAAAUAUAAAUCAAGUUGAUGGCGCUCAAUGCGGAAAAUAUCCUACAUGUGAGGGAACAGAACACCAGUAUUUCAGUUCAGGAGUCUUCUUGGAACGUCAAAAACGUCAAGCUAAUCAGCAGGGAUACGGAAUGGGUGGAAGUGGAAUGGGCAGAGGCAACGGAAUGAAUAACGGAGGCAACGGUGGAAAUGGAAUGGGUGGACAGAAUGGAAACGGAAUGGGUGCACAGAACGGAAGUGGAAUGAGAGGUAUUGGAAUGGGCGGAAAUGGAAUGGGCGGCAACGGAAUGGGCGGAAAUGGAAUGGGCAGUAAUGGAAUGGGCAGUAAUGGAAUGGGCGGUAAUGGUAUGGGCGGUAAUGGAAUGGGAGGGAAUGGAAAUGGAAUGGGCCCAGAGGGAAUGGGUGGGCGCGGAGGUAACGGCAAUGGAAUGGGACAAGGGGGAAUGGGUGGUAAUGGAAUGGGUUCUGGGGGAAUGGGUGGAAACGGUAUAAACGGAAUGGGUGGCCGGGGAGGAAAUGGAAACGGAAUGAGUGGCAAUGGAAUGGGUCCAGGCGGAAUGGGUGGCAAUAGAAUGGGACCAGGCGGAAUGGGUGGCAAUGGGAUGGGUGGCAAUGGAAUGGGUCCCGGAGGAAUGGGUGGUAAUGGAAUGGGAGGCCAGGAUGGUUACAACGGAAGAGGUGGUCAAAACGGAAUGGGAGGACCACCUGGUGGGCCAAAUGGAAUGGGUGGACCACCUGGUGGACCAAAUGGAAUGGGUGGACCACCUCCUGGUGGGCCAAACGGAAUGGGUCCGGGAAAUUGGCCGAGCAAUAACAAUUGGGGAAACGGAAAUAAUAGUAAUGGUAAUAGCCGCUUUAAAGGCGGCAACUCUAAACAAAACUAA